GUCAGCGCGUGAGCCGCUGCAUCCAGCACCAGCGAUAGGGAAGCGGUCACCGGAGCCGGUGAAUUAUUGAACAGUAUGCCACGACUCCUGUUAACCUCACUGUGACUAAAGAAAUAUUGACACUGUCACGGAUCUGGACUCAAACGUGGAUUAAGCGUGCUCUUGGAGACCUUUGAGCUCUAAUGUAACUGACCUUGUCCAUGUCGGGUGAGACAGAGCCAAAGUCCUACCUGUACAGGGGUGUGUCUGAGGAGGAGGAGACAGAGUCCCUGUGUGGCCCCAUGUCUCACCUGUGUCACAUGGGCGGGGCCUCUGAGGGCAGCGACAGCAGUCGUGACCCGCCCCCUUCUCCGAGACCCAAAACCCAGAUGCACGAGGAUAUGGAGAUGGGCGGAAAUGGCUCCAGUGGAAGUGGCACGGAAUCUCACAGUAAUGAGUCCCAUGGAAACGAGUCUAUGGGGAGUUCCAGUGGAAACGGAAAAGAUUCUGCCAUCAUGACAUUAUCAGGGAGUAACAAGAGCUCGAACUCUCAAAGCCUUUCCCCCCCCAGUAGCAACAAUGCUUUCAGCCUGGUCAGUUUGGAGCAAGACAACCCGUCGACCAGCGGUUGCAGUAGUGAACAGUCGGCAAAGGCGAAAACUCAGAAGGAGCUUUUCAAGACCCUGAAGGAGCUGAAAUAUCACCUACCACACGAUAAACGCAGCAAGGGCCGGGCUAGUACGCUUCACACGCUCAGAUACGCCCUGCGCUGUGUUAGACAGGUCAAAGCCAAUGAAGAAUACUACCAGAUGCUCAUGAUCAAUGACAGUCAGCCGUCAGGUCUGGAUGUGUCCUCGUACACAAUUGAAGAAAUCAACAGUAUUACCUCUGAAUAUACCCUCAAAAAUGCUGAUAUUUUCGCCGUAGCAGUGUCCCUGAUCACGGGGAAGAUCGUGUACAUUUCAGAGCAAGCUGCGGGAAUCCUGAACUGCAGAAAGGAUGAGUUCAAAGACAGGAAGUUUGUGGAGUUUCUGACACCUCGAGACGUUAGUGUGUUCUACAGCUUCACCACGCCGUACAGACUUCCAUCCUGGAGCAUGUGCACUGGAACAGAGUCUUCAUCCACGGAGUUCAUGCAGGAGAAAUCUUUCUUCUGUCGCAUCAGUGGUGGUAAAGAGAAGGAAGGAGAUCUCCAGUACUAUCCCUUCAGGAUGACCCCGUAUCUCAUGAAGGUUCAGGACCCAGAGCUUUCUGAAGAACAUUUCUGCUGCCUCAUACUGGCUGAGAGAGUUACCUCUGGAUAUGAAGCACCAAGAAUUCCACCGGAUAAGAGGAUCUUCACCACGACACACACGCCGAACUGUGUGUUUCAGGAUGUUGAUGAGAGGGUGGUGCCUCUGUUAGGAUAUUUGCCACAGGACCUGAUUGGGACACCUCUUCUGUUACAUCUACACCCCAGCGACAGACCUGGAAUGCUGGCAGUGCACCGGAAAAUUCUGCAGCAUGUUGGGCAGCCGAUUGAUCAGUCCUCGAUCCGCUUCUGUGUGAGGAAUGGGGAAUACGUUACUUUAGACACCAGCUGGUGUAGCUUCGUGAACCCCUGGAGCCGCAAGGUGUCCUUUGUUAUCGGGCGGCACAAAGUUCGUAUGGGUCCAAUGAACGAGGAUGUGUUUUCAGCUCCGGCAUUCACAGAGGAAAAGAUGAUGGAUUCAGAUAUACAGGAGAUCACAGAACAGAUUCACAGGCUGCUUCUGCAGCCAGUCCACAGCAUGGGCUCCAGUGGAUAUGGUAGUCACGGCAGCAAUGGUUCCCAUGAGCACCUGCUGAGCGUAGCGUCCUCUAGUGACAGUAAUGGAAACGGAAACGUGGUCAACAGUGGGAGCAAGAGAAAUGGGAACAGCAGAAAAGAGGAGGAGACCAAGAGCAAGCCGAGGUCAUUUCAGGAGAUUUGUAAAGGGGUUCACUUGAUGAAGGCACAGGACCAGCAGAGCUCCUCUACCAAACCAGAGCAGAAGAAAAGUUUAGACAGGUUCAAGCCUCCUGUUGUGAAGCAGAAAGACUCUGUAUUACUGCUCAGAGAUGGACCUUCUGUAAUGGAGGAACUCAAGGACCACACUGUGUGCUCGUACCAGCAAAUUAACUGCCUGGACAGUGUCAUCAGAUAUUUGGAGAGCUGCAGUGUCCCGAACACGGUAAAACGAAAGUACCAGUUCUCCUCGAACACCACCUCCUCAAACUCUGAUGAGGACAAAAAAACCUCUGGUGCCAGUCUACAGCAAACUGAGGAUCCUCUAGGUAUAGAGGUGCCAUCCACUGUGUCUAUAAAGACCAAUGAAAAGCCUCCAUCAGGUCCCGCCCCUGUUGUGGGAGGGCCUUUAUCUCCUUUGGACCUGCCCAGCAAAGCAGACAGUGUGGUGUCUCAGUGUUCCUAUAGCAGUACUAUUGUACACGUGGGGGACAAGAAAACCCAGCCAGAAUCAGACAUUAUUGAGGAUGCUGCAGAAAGUCCUGCCCCUUCCACCACUGUCAGUGUGGUUUCCCUGCCCACAGUGGAGCAGGAAGCUUAUAGGAAGCUGGGACUUACAAAGCAGGUGCUGGCAGCGCACACACAUAAGGAAGAGCAAGCAUUCCUCAGUCGUUGCAAGGAACUCUGGCAUGGUCAGAGCUCACAUAGAAACAGAGGACAGGCUGCUGAAGGAGCUCGUGGAUCCAAAGCAGGACUUGGUGUGCCUGGUACAGAGCCAACAACCAAGAAAAGUUGGCGCACCAAAAAGUCAAAGAAACCACGCACAAAACAUGCCGAUUCAUCAGAUAAUGCUGCGUCUCAGCACAGAACUCUACCACCCCUGCAGGGUUUGAACCAGACAUCAUGGUCACCCUCCGAGACGUCACAGUCUGGCCUUUCAAUUCCAUUUCCCACCGUGGUUCAAGGGUACCCUCUUUACCCUGUAGUUCCACCCACUGCCCCUACUGGAAUAGCAGAGUCCCAGUCCGCUCAGGCCACGCCCACUGCUCCUGUUUAUCCUAACCCCUUGGUCACACCAGUUGUGGCGAUCGUUUUGCCCAGUUUUAUGUUGCCACAGAUAGGCACACCAUCUCUCUCUCCAUUCUGUACUGACACUCAGCAAGGCUAUAAUGGCGUCUUUCAGCCCCAGCAACCCUUCAAUGCCCAGCUACCCUUCAAUCCUCAGCAAUCCUUCAAUCCCCAAAAGCUCUUCAGUGCCCAGCAACCCUACAACACACAGCAACCCUUGCAGCCUCAACAAGUCUACACCACCCAGCAAGCCUCUUCCACCCCGCAGCAUCUUCAAAACCCCCAAGGCUGCAGUCCUCAGCAGUCCUUUCAGCCCCACACCUCCUUCACUCCUCAGCAACUAACAUUUACACCUCAGACAGCCUUUCAGUACACAAUGACACCUGACCCCAAACCUACCAUUGAGUCUGAAAAGUGUCCCUCUCCCCUGCCAACCCCUCACUCCCCCCCACUGUUUGGGUCCCGCUGUAGUUCUCCAUUGCAGCUAGACCUGCUUCAAAUGGAGGAAAAGCAGGACUGUCAUAGCGCAGCGCCCCCAUCAAGCACCCAGGGGAACUGCAGCACUGUACACGACAAGAACAACAUUAACAGCAACUCUUCUGCCCCAGAUCAUAUGCAGCAGACAUGUUGCUCAGCUGACAGCAGCCAUUCCGGUGACCAGUCCUCAUCCAGCAGCGUGCUUAAACUGUUGUUACAGGAAGACUCUCAUUCUGGCACGGGCUCGGCCACAUCAGCAUCUACUGGCUCUACAUCCAAUGACUGCAACACCUCCAACAGUGGCACAGGAAGCAACACAAGCAAGUACUUUGACAAUGUGGAUUCCUCAGACAACAAUCAGAAGAGCAAAGAGACAGUCAAGGUGCAGGAGCAUUUUUCCAAGUAUGUUCUUCAAGAACCUGAAUGGAGGCUUAUGGCUGCUGCAGAUGACCAUGUCAUGAUGACCUAUCAGGUACCAUCAAGGGACAUGGAAAAGGUUCUGAAAGAAGAUCGGGAGCGUUUGAGGCGUAUGCAGAAGAACCAGCCUAGUUUCUCCUCAGAACAGCGUAGAGAACUGAUCGAUCAGCACCCCUGGAUAAGGAAAGGAGGCUUACCCAACGCCAUCAACAUCAAGGAGUGCAUGUACUGUGAGGAUGAUGCCUCUGCUCCACUAGAAGAGGACCUGCCUGAUAUGGAGUUGGGCAUUUUUGGAGGCGAGGUGGGACAAGACGGAGAAGGCUCUAAGACUUAGGAAGAGAAUGAGCAACCUAGUUAAUAAACUGUGCUAUGACAAUCCACUAAUCUCCAGCAGAGGGCGACAUGACCUUCCAGGUUCACAUCUGGCAAAAACAUUCACACGCAGUGUAAAAUCCCCGAUAUACUUCUAGCGAAAUGGAGUGACAUCAAUUCGAAAAAAAAUCUGGCCAAAACAAAUGUGUUUUUGAGUUCGUUUCGGUGGUUCGAAACAGCUCACCAGUGUGAACUCUCAGGAAAACUUUGUAUGUGCUAUUCACCUCACUGCCAUUGGUCCACGUUAUGGGUAGGUGUGACCUGGAGCUCCACCUACUUUGAGGCCGACAGCUGAUUCCUGUUCAGUCAGUUCAGAUCAGUCAACAUGAACACACCAGUGUGCAGAGUUGCUGAGCUAGUGUAAACUUGCCUACAUCUGUACGAUCGUUCAUGUAGAGACAAUUUCCAAAAAUAUGACCUUUUUUUUUUUUACAUUAGUCUACAAAGGAACCAAAUCUAUUCGAAUACUUUUAAAAAUGUACAGUAUUCACUUUGUUGUUUGUUAUUCUGCUUCAUUCAUGUGCUGUCUGCAUCCGAAAGCCACUCUCACAUCUUUCCAAAGUGAGAUAUGCCUCUAACCAUUAUUCUUUUGUCUGUAUUCUGCUCAUUUAUACCUGUCUGCCCACCUGUUAUACACCCAUCUUUGCUGUAGUGUCGAGGUCAUCAUAAAAUUCAAUAACACUGGGUAACUGGUGCAUAUUAUACAUUUACAUUUAGCAUGUUAGAGCAUUAGCAUCAUGAAUGCAGAAUGUAAACAUGUCAAAUUAAUCAUUAUCUACUGCAUAAUAUCACUUUAAAUCAUCAUUUAUUGGUUAAAACAGCUUCUCUUACUGAUGUGAAUUCUACUCAUAGAAUGAGAUAUGAUGUCAUUAAUAACACAUUUUAAUGUCUUAAUAGUCCUGAGCAACCUCAUAUUUAAAUGCCCCUCUAAAUGCCUCUCGCAGCGGCAUGGCCGGUGUCUGAAUGUUCGCAAACAGUAUAUGUUGCACAACUGUUUCAGACUUCUUUCUUGCUCUGAACGAAAAACAAAGAAGACUUUGCCUCAAGGAUAUUGGGGCUUUAAAUGGCUUUUUUAUUUUAGUUUGAGGGGGGAUCUACACAGUUAUCCUUUGUUUUUCCGUAAAGAAUAUGAAUGUUUAUUUAAGUGUGUGUUUGUGUGUGUGUAAAGAGAACCGUGUGCCAGGUAGCUUACUGGUUUAGCCCAAAGGUGCUGUUCAAAUGUAUGGGCUCUGAUUGGCUGGAACUGCUGUCAAUGUGUGAUUCUCUGCAAAUCUCUCAUACUCUUUUAAUACGUAGCUACAGCAACGUUUUUGUCUCCAGAAUGUUCCGAGUUCAUAUCAGAACUUACUCAAAUGGCUAGAGUAUGUUUUUACUUACAUAAAAUGAGGUGAAGAGCAUUUGCCUAUAUAGUGUGCUUAAAUGAAAGACAAACACCCGAUAUGAACACAGAAGAAUACAUAGGCCAAUACCAGUGUAACCAGCCAAGAACAAAACCAGGAAAUGACACCACACUGUUGUUUUAGGGACCAUUCCAGACAAAUAAGCUACUGCCGACAAUACUAGACCAGUCUAGUCUCAUUACCAGAACAUAAGAAAUAGGUUUGUUAUACUGUAGGUGUUCAGGGCUGUGCAAUUGUGGGAAUGUGUUUGUAUUUGUUUUGUAGUUCUUAAAAAUGACAAUGGACCUGGUUUCCUUCUUCCUCUCUUCUUCUCUCAUUAUGCAUUUAGUUUUUUGCUCAUUGAAAUGUAACAUUGCAGUUAUCCAAAAAAGAUGCCAUGGCACCAGUGCUUUGAGCGGAGGAAACUAGCUUUAUUAUAUACAGCGACCAAAUAUAAGACUGAAAUCCAUUUUUCAGGACAUAGACUCUCAGGCCACACCUCACAAUGCUGGCCUCUAUUCUCUGAGCUUCAGUGCACUGUCGAGUGUACUUCACAGUUGAAGUAUGAAUAUUUGAACUGGCCCUCUACAUCUCAGUUUCAGACUCUCAAGUGUUGAAACGUAAAUGACAGUAUAAUACAAGCUGAGAAAGAGCCGUAAAGUGACAGCAACUGCUUACAAUGGUUGCUGUCAAUAAAUAUUUAGAUAUGUGUAUUUCUCUUUAAUUUCUUAAAGUUUUUGUUUGAUCGUCUUUAUGAGCAUGUCACACUCGUUCAGUUUUUUUAUUUUAAUUUUUUAUUUUUUUGAAUGUAAAACAAUCAUUAUUCCUACCUUGUAAUAAAAAGAUAUCUCCAGUU